AUGAAUAAGGACAUAGAAGAAGUUUUGAAUAGAUAUCAAAUUUGUUUAAAAUAUAGAAAAACAAACACAAAAGAGCCGCUGGAGAGUUCUGAAGUACCAGAUAAACCAAGACAGGUGUUAGGAACAGAUUUGUUUCAUUCUCAAGAGAAGAAUUAUGUAAUGUUAGUGGAUUAUUUCUCUAAAUUUAUUGAAUUUGUAAUGAUACCAAAAUUAACUAGCUUGAACACAAUUAAUGUAAUCAAAAGUAAUUUUUCUAGGCACGGUUUAAAUGAAAUUAUUAAAUCUGAUGGGGGUACUCAAUACACAUCAGAAGAGUUUAAAAUAAUUAUAAAAGAAUAG